UAGUUGACUAUUGUCGUCUCGACAUUGGUACCGGCCUCGUGUUUCUUUCACCAUGAUGGAUCGCCAACCGCCAUUCGAAACUAUAUCAGUGACAAUACUCUAUCGCCACCGUCAGGUCGUAUUAGGCGCUGGAUUUCCAAAAUCUUCUACUAGAAUCAUAAUAAGCAUCGGACCUUGCGGUUCUUCAAGUUCGUGCACUUGCGACAAUCAAGUUAGCCUGACAUCAAAGUCCUUUCCUGUACUCGUCGGCCUCUCGCUCGUGCUCGAUGUCGCCACAGACAAGCCAGGAUAGGGAGACAUAUCCCAGGGAGCCCUACCCCGUUCCAGCCAACAACCCAGCCAGCCAGUAUACGCUUAUCGAGAAGCUGGGAACAGGCAGCUUCGGGGUCGUAUACAAGGCCAUGCACAACGAAACAAAGCAGAUAGUUGCUAUCAAGCAGAUUGAUUUGGAAGACUCUGAUGAUGAUAUCUCAGAAAUUCAACAAGAAAUUGCCAGUCUCGCUCAAUGUGAUUCGGAAUACGUCACCCGCUAUUACGGGUCAUUCGUUGUUGCUUACAAGCUCUGGAUCGUCAUGGAGUAUUUGGCUGGGGGAUCAUGUCUUGACCUCCUGAAAGGCGGCGUAUUCUCUGAAGCGCACAUCGCAGUUAUUUGUCGGGAGCUUCUGUUAGGUCUCGAUUACCUGCACGCGGAAGGCACCAUCCAUCGUGACAUCAAAGCUGCCAAUAUCUUGCUUUCUGCUAGCGGCAAGGUCAAACUUGCGGACUUCGGAGUGGCAGCACAACUUACCAGCACGCUGAGACACACAUUCGUGGGUACUCCAUUCUGGAUGGCACCGGAGGUCAUCCGACAGGCGGGUUACGACGCAAAGGCGGAUAUGUGGAGUUUAGGCAUCACAGCUAUAGAAAUGGCGAAAGGGGAGCCGCCACUGGCCGAGUACCACCCCAUGAGGGUUCUCUUCCUUAUUCCAAAGGCGAAACCACCAGUCCUUGAAGGUUCAUUCUCUGCUGCAUUUAAGGAAUUUGUAUCACUCUGUUUGACAAAAGAUCCUGCUGAUCGUCCUACAGCCAAGGAGCUUUUGCAACAUAGAUUUAUCAAAAGUGCGAAGAAGACAUCGUAUCUCACAGAGCUGGUCGAGAGGUACCAGGAGUUCCGUGCCAAGUCACCACAGAAAGGUCAGCCUGCAGUAUACCAAGCGACUAUUCGCGGCACAGCGAUGUGGGAGAGCAACGACACAAUUCGAAGUGACUGGAACUUCGACACCGUCAAGUCGACUUCCAUCAUGGGUACAUUUAGUAGUGUUGCCAAGGAUUUGAUGCCUGAGAUGGACGAUGAAGACAUGGGUGACGAAGAACCCUCGAUAUACGAGGAAGAUGAAGGCUCGAUUGAAACAGGGGGAGCUGUUAAUGGAAACACUCCGCUCGGUUUUGGGGGGAUCGGAAUAAAUAUUGGUGCAGGGCACUCCACUGUUGCCAUCAAGACUCCUCUUGAUGAGCCGGACAUUUCAUUACUCCUCGCUGCUGCAGAAGGUCUAGAAAACGAGUUUGUAGAUGGUGCCAAACCAAGAACACCGCCAUCCCAAGUUACCCACCCUGCAGAUGAUGAAAUGCCUUUGGGCGCACCUCCAGCGUACACCGGCUCCGUCCGCUCGGCAAUGAGGUCAUCGUACGCUGCAAGACACAAGAUGACUGGUGCUGGUACUAUCAUGCGGGAAGCAGAUCUUGGUUCCGGCGUAGACACCAUCAGACCUGUCAAAAAGGUCGACACAGCCAGUUCUCUGAGACUAUCUGCAGAGUACGUCGGCACUAGGAGUAGAGAAACUUCACCAUCAUCCCCUACUACUCCAUCCAAAGACCGGCCUUCCUCCUCGUCAUUCAAGCGAAGGGUAUCUGAUUCUGAGCAGGCGGGAAGGGUCAUGAUUGAUGAUGUCGUCCUUCCCGUUCUCCAAAACGCCAUCCGAGAUGACAUGGAUGCUCGAGAGAUCGAGUCACUCAGUAUGAUCUCUCGUGGCUUUUCCGAAUUGAGAGAGGCGAAUCCUGCCCUAUCUUACAGCGUCAUUCUCGACAUGCUCUCCGGUAUCAACGAAAACCCCGCUGUCCGACAACACGUUCAAACAUCUCGGGGACUAUUCCCUCACAAACGUGUCAUUCGGAAGAGCGAGAUGACUGCAAAGGGUCUUGUGGUCACCGAAGUCCAGGAAGAUAUCAGUGGACUCCCCAUGGACUCGAGUGCCUCAUCAUUAAACUCCCUCAAAGCUGAUAGCUCUGGAUCGCCCGUCCGCAAAUCACCUAUCUCUGAACUGCUCUACAUGCGCUGGCUAGAGGGCUUGCGAAUUAAGUGGCCCAGCAUUUUAUCAUAAUUGAGCCUCUGGACUGUAUUGCGGACUGCAUUUUGACAGAGUCUUACUGUCUCCGCUGCAUACAACCUUUGUCGAACACGUCACACCCGCGCUCACGCGUAUUGAGUCGACGGCAUAUACCUGGACUUCCUUUCUAUACCGCUUCUCCGCGUUUACUUGUUCAUGGAGUUUUUUCAUGUUCCUCAUUCUAUCACGAAUUGUUGAACGACCUUCACGAUCACCCUUUUCCGUACAUGUAACUUAGCAGAUUUUGGCUAUACACAAAUGUCUCACUAUUGUACCUCAUGUGGCAAUUCUCAAGUAUUACCUGAAAAUUUCAUUUGUACUGCAUCA